CACAGGGCGAGCGGCGAGGAGAGAGCGGCGUUCGGGUUUGCGGCGAGGCGAGGCAGCGCUUGUGGAAAAAGCCAGGAGGAAGAAGCCUCGCGACCGAGCCGCUCCCUCUCGUUGCCGCCGCGUUUACGGAACGUUGUGGGGCUCCCUCCCCAGCUGUGAGUGGGCGUGUGAGGCUGAGGAAAAAGGGGGUGAUGUGUUUCCCGCUGGCGGCCAUCUCCACCGAAGCCGCUGCUUCCACCGCCGCAGCCGCUGCCUCCACCGGGUCUUAAGAGACGCGCUCGAGCAGAGGCUUCCGCCCUCGGUUCCUCUCGCCUCGCCCCCGGUUUGACCGGAGAACGGGCCCUUAGUAACGGGAUCUAUCCCGACAUGAGCCGCGAAGCCAACGUCACACGUUACUGAGCAGCCGGCGACGUUCUUCCUUCCACCUGGCGAGCCGACCUCCUGGGCGAGUCGGGCCGUCUGUCAGAGAUGGGGGUGAACUCGGUGCACUGGUUCCGCAAGGGGCUUCGGCUCCACGACAACCCAGCGCUGAGGGAAGUCAUCGAGGGGGCCGAUACGGUGCGCUGCGUGUACAUCUUGGACCCCUGGUUUGCGGGCUCCUCCAACGUGGGAAUCAACCGGUGGAGAUUUCUCCUUCAGUGUCUUGAGGACUUGGAUGCCAACUUACGAAAAUUAAAUUCUCGUUUAUUUGUGAUUAGAGGACAGCCUGCAGAUGUAUUUCCUAGGCUUUUCAAGGAAUGGAAUAUUUCAAAACUUUCUAUUGAAUAUGACUCUGAACCAUUUGGAAAAGAGAGAGAUGCAGCAAUUAAGAAAUUGGCCACUGAAGCAGGAUUGGAAGUCAUUGUACGAAUAUCGCAUACCUUAUAUGACUUAGACAAAAUUAUAGAAUUAAAUGGAGGCCAGCCACCUCUUACUUAUAAGAGAUUCCAAACUCUAAUAAGUAGAAUGGAACCAUUGGAGAUGCCUGUGGAAACUAUCACUGCAGAAGUCAUGUCAAAAUGUACCACCCCAGUUUCUGACGAUCAUGAUGAGAAAUACGGUGUUCCAUCACUUGAAGAACUAGGUUUUGAUACAGAUGGAUUGCCUUCCGCCGUUUGGCCAGGGGGAGAAACAGAAGCACUCACGAGACUGGAAAGACAUUUGGAAAGAAAGGCUUGGGUAGCAAACUUUGAACGCCCUCGAAUGAAUGCAAAUUCCCUUCUUGCAAGUCCAACAGGACUUAGUCCUUAUCUACGUUUUGGCUGUUUAUCUUGCCGUCUAUUUUACUUCAAAUUAACAGAUUUGUACAAAAAGGUGAAGAAGAACAGCUCUCCCCCUCUUUCCCUCUAUGGCCAAUUGUUGUGGCGGGAAUUCUUUUACACAGCAGCAACUAAUAAUCCACGAUUUGAUAAAAUGGAAGGCAAUCCCAUAUGUGUGCAGAUUCCAUGGGACAAAAAUCCUGAGGCUUUGGCCAAGUGGGCAGAGGGUCGGACAGGAUUCCCUUGGAUUGAUGCUAUUAUGACCCAGCUGCGUCAGGAAGGCUGGAUCCAUCAUCUUGCCAGACAUGCUGUGGCAUGCUUCUUAACUCGAGGUGAUCUGUGGAUUAGCUGGGAGGAAGGCGUGAAGGUAUUUGAAGAAUUGCUUCUUGAUGCAGACUGGAGCGUGAAUGCAGGCAGUUGGAUGUGGCUGUCUUGUAGCUCAUUUUUCCAGCAAUUUUUCCAUUGUUACUGCCCUGUGGGUUUUGGCAGGAGAACUGAUCCUAACGGGGACUAUAUCAGACGGUAUCUACCUAUACUCAGAGGUUUUCCUGCAAAGUAUAUAUAUGAUCCUUGGAAUGCCCCUGAGGGAGUCCAGAAAGCUGCAAAAUGUAUAAUAGGAGUAAAUUAUCCGAAACCAAUGGUAAAUCAUGCUGAAGCAAGUCGAUUGAAUAUAGAAAGGAUGAAACAAAUCUACCAACAGUUAUCCCGAUACAGAGGAUUGGGCCUCCUUGCUUCAGUGCCUUCUAAUGGAAAUGGAAAUGGAAACGGAAAUGGUGGCCUAAUGGGAUAUUCUCCAAGUGAAAAUCUCCCUGGUUGUGUUGGUACAAAUGGCACUCAAAUGGGAACCAGUGAAGGACAUACAGGGAAUGUUCAAGCAUGUACCCUUGGAGAAACUCAUACAGGAACAAGCGGAAUUCACCAGCAAGGUUACUCUCAAGGGAACAGUGGAAUUUUACAUUAUGCUCAUGGGGACAGUAAAAAAACACAUUUAGUGCAACAAGGAAGAACAUCACUUAGCAUUGGAGGGUGUACUGGAAAGCGGCCAAAUCCAGAAGAAGGAAUUCAAAGUAUUGGUCCAAAGGUCCAGCGACAGAGCAGUAAUUAAUGGGGUAAAACUGAGUUGUGAAGGAAAUGAUUGAUAAACUACAUUCUAGUCUCACAAAGAGAAACUAAGUGUGCCUGCUGCAUUUUUGGGAGCAUAACUUUCUUGGAAGAAGUGGACCAAACAUCAUUGCAUCCUAUUUGGCGGUGGCCAAGAACUCCUGUCAUAUAAUCUUAUUCUGAGUGUGACCUGUAUUGUCAUUUAACUACACCUAGUUUCUAUUUUUCCAUUAAAUUGUGAAUU